CUUUUCUUGCUUAAAGAGUUAAAGGUUUCCCUCCUCCCUUAUCCUCGCUCACCUCUCCCUCUCUCUCUCCCUCCCUCCCUCCCUCCACCAACUCUCCAAAUGUGAAAGGAAUUCCACUGCAACAAAAGAGCGAGAGAAAUCAUACCUCCAAAAAAAUUUUAGAGAGAGAGAGAGUGUGUCUGAGUGAUAGACCCACAAUAGAUUAAAAUAAGUUUCCAUCACUAUUUCUCAUAAAAGGAAGAUUUAGAGAUAAGAUAUAGAGAGAGAAAGAGAGAGAGAGAGAGAGAGAGAGAGAGAGAGAGAGGGAAUUUCUCAUGUGAACAUGGAGGGAGGUGAUGACCAUCAUCUACACAGACCCAAUUUUCCAUUCCAAUUACUCGAAAAGAAAGACGAAGAAGCCGCGGCCUGCUCCUCCAGCUCCGGCUUCCCUUCCCUCUCCAUCACCGCAGCCGAAACCAACACCGCCAAUUGGUCGUCCAGCCAGCUCCAAAUCACCACCGCAGCCGAGCCGUCCAAGAAGCCUCCCCCGAAGCGGACCUCCACCAAGGACCGGCACACCAAGGUCGACGGCCGCGGCCGCCGUAUACGCAUGCCCGCCCUCUGCGCCGCCCGGGUGUUCCAGCUCACCCGCGAGCUCGGCCACAAGUCCGACGGCGAGACCAUCGAGUGGCUCCUCCAGCAGGCCGAGCCCGCCGUCAUCGCCGCCACUGGCACCGGCACCAUCCCCGCCAACUUCACCUCCCUCAACAUCUCCCUCCGCUCCUCCGGCUCCUCCAUGUCCAUCCCCUCCCAGCUCCGCUCCACCUACUUCAACCCCAAUUUCUCUAUCCCCCAGCGCAGUAGCAAUCUUUCCUCGACGUCAACGUUUUUGAAUUUCCAGUCCCCAAAUAGUAACAACAACAAUAAUAGUAAUCAAUUGUUUCAAGCGAAGGAGGAGAGCACGGCGUUGGAGUUGACGGAGGCGGAGGAGAGCAUGGGGCGGAAACGGAGGGCGGAGCAGCUAGAGAUGUCCCAGCAGCAGCAACACCAAUUGGGAAAUUAUUUGCUGCAGUCGAGCGUUGCGGGGGCCAUGCCGGCGGCAGCGAGUCACGCUUCGGUGCCGGCGAAUUUUUGGAUGGUGGCGAAUUCUGGCAACCAAGUGAUCAGCGGAGACCCAAUUUGGACAUUUCCGCAGAUGAAUAACAGUGCCUUGUAUAGGGGCACGAUGUCUAGUGGUUUGCAUUUCAUGAAUUUCCCGACUCCCGUCGCGCUAUUGCCUGGACAGCAAUUGAGCACGGGAAUCGGGAGUAGUGGCGGUGGUAAUGGUGGAGGUGGAGGUGGAGGUGGAAGCAGCGGUGGCAUAAGUGAAGGACAAUUUGGUCUUUUUGCGGGAUUAAACCCUUACCGUCCGUCAAGUAUUUCGGAUUCGCAACCGAGCGGGUCCCAUUCGCAUCACGGAGGGGAUGAUCGGCACGAUUCCGCUAGUCACCACUCGUAGAUCAUCGCUUACUUGUGUGAGUUUGAUGUGUAAAACACGUGAGGUUUGAUUUUGCUCACCGAAUUCGAGUUUUGAAUUUUGAAAAAAAAAAAAAGUGUGAUUAAUAUCUAUUUUUUCUUAGGGUUUGGGAAGACAUUAUUUUAACAUUGGUAUUGAUUGUUUUUAUCUUUA